UACACCCAUAAUGACGUUAAAUCAAAAUGGCGGUAGUAACGGCUGCUUUGAAUUUUAUACCCGCUUCAUGUUGAGGUUUACUCGUAAAUAUUGAUAUAAAUUAAAAGGGAAUACCAUUUCAGGAUGGAUUCCGUCGUUGGAGAUGAUCAGACGCUUCCCUUUGACAUCAAUGGAAGCUGUAGCAUGUCCAAACUCCCAGACUCCAUAGACGUUGGGGAUUUCUCCAUGGACAACAUGACAGCCCCUACGUUUCCAGAUAAGAUGUCCCCCGUCAAGACCGCUCUCACCCUAAAAGACUAUGAGAAUCAAAUCAUGACUCUGAAGAAGGAGAACUUCAACCUGAAGCUGCGUAUUUACUUCAUGGAGGAGCGCAUGCAGCAGAAAUGUGACGACUCCACAGAGGACAUAUACAAAACGAACAUUGAGCUGAAGGUGGAGGUGGAGUCUAUGAAGAGAGAUCUGGCAGAGAAGCAUGAGCUACUGGUGUCUGCAUCGAAAGCGUUGGAGAGCCUGGCAGGUAGAGAGUCUGGUGACUCCCUGCGUGUGAGAGAGCGAGCCCACAGAGAGAUGGAUGCACUCCGAGACACUCUCAACAAGCGCAUCGCUGAGCUGGAGCAGGGUCUGAGAGCGGCCGAGAAGGAAGUCGACAAGAUGGCCGCCAUUGCUGAGCAGGAGAAGGUGAGAAGCAUUGGUAUGGAGAAGCAGCUCUUGGCCCUGGGCCCGUCGGGAACCUUCACCCCCACCCAUGUUCCCAGCAACGACCUGCAGCAGGCUCUACAGGAGAAAAACGGUGUCAUAGAUCAACUGAGGAUAUCUGUGAUGAACCAGGAAGCUGUGAUCCAACAGCUACAAAGUACUGGCAGAGACCACGGGACGGACACACCAACCACAGAGCACACCCUACAACUCUCUGCUCUCAUUGGCCAGAAAGACCAGGAACUGCAGACUCUGAGGGCUGAGCUGGGCCGCGAGAAGGGCAGGACGGAGAAGGACCAUCAGGGUUUCACUGAGCAGCUGAAUGAUGUGAGCAGGCUGGAGACAGCCCAGAUGCAGCUGAAUGAGGAGAUGAACCAGUUCAGAGCAAUGAACCAGAACCUCUCCAAGACCCUGGAGGACAUCCAGAAUAACAACAAGGUACUGUCUGGUAAGUUGGAGGAGACUGAGAACGAGCUGGGCUCGGAGAAGAAGAACGCUCUGAAACGAGACAAAACCAUCCAGGGACUCAGUCUGGUGCUCAAAGAAAAGGAAAAAGAGAUUGAAGAGCUGUGCCAUGAGAUUGAGGACAGGGACGAGGCAUUAGCCAAAGCCAGGGAGGCAGCGCACAAAGCCCAGCUCCAGAAAUACCAGGGUGCGGAAGAGCACCAGUCUUUGCUGAUGGAGAAGCAGGCGGAGCUGUCCCAGCUCCAGGGCGAGCACCACACCAAGCGGCUGGAGGCGCAGAAGCUGCAGCGCUCCCUGGGCAGGAGGGAGCAGGAGCUGGCUGAUCUGCAGCAGGCCAAGGAGCAGCUGGAGCAGGAGCUAGAGGAGCUGCAGCAGCAGAGGAAGAAGGGGGACAAAGCUCUCAAUGAGAUGCAGAACCAGCUAAAGAAGCUUAACGGGGAGCUGGGCGAGAGGGAAAGCAGUCUGGAGCAGCAGUACCAGGAGCAGCUGGAGCAGACAAAGAGGAGGCUGCAGAGUCACGAGGUCACCAUCCAGCGCCUUACCACCUGCCUGGCCGACAAGGAGCAGCAGCUACAGGAGUACAUGAACAUGAUGAGAGACAUGGAGCAGAGCAGAAGUCCUGAGGAAAGUGACACCAUGCUGUCAAAGCUGCGAGAACGACUGAAAGAAAAAGAAAAGGCUCUGGAGCAAGCGCUGGAUGAGAAGUUUUCAGCGCUAGAAGAGAAGGACAACGAGAUCCACCAGCUGCGUCUGUCACUCAGGGAGAAGGAGAGGGACCUGGAGAGACUCAACAACCUGCUGUCUCACAAUGAGGACACCAUCAACAGUUUUGACGCGUUGAUCAAGGAGAAGGACGUGGAGCUGCAGCACCUUGCCAACACUAUGAAGAACUUGCAGCGUGCCAAGCAGGAUGUGGAGGACAACCUGAACCGAGCCUGCAGGGAGAAGGACUCCAUCAUCAGUCAGCUGCAGCUGUCCCUGGAGGGCAAGACCAAGGACAUGGAGGCGAUGGCAAGUACCCUGCUGAGCCAGUCCCAGUCUCAGGCCCGUGACCUUGCAGAACAGAUGGGUCGGAGGUUAAAGGUGGCAGAGGCCAUGCUGGUGGACGCGGUCAAGGCCCGUGAGAGGCUGGUGGCGGACAACGAGAGCGCCGUGGAGGGCCUGCUGGCCACAAUCGGCAGCAAGGACCAGCUUCUCAAGGAGUCAGCGGAGCACUAUAACAGGACACUGUCUGAGCGCAUCCAGGAGAUCGAGGAGCUGAGGCGACAGCUGUGUACCCGGCAGCAGCAGCUGGCCUCCGCUGAGAAACUUAGUUCCACUGCAACACAGGAGGGUUACCUGGAGAUGGCCAAGCUCAGGGCCCUGCUGACCGAGAAGGAAUCCAUCAUCAUUAAACUGCUGGAGCGCGGCCGGGAGAGGGACCAGUUCCUGGCUGAGUUAAGGCAGAAGGAACCUGCACCGUCCCAGGUGCUGGAGCUCAGACAGACAAUCCAGUUGCUGCAGGAGAGACUGGAGGAGAGGGAAGGUGACCUCUCCAAAAGGAACAACAACGAAGACAGCAUGGAGAAGGUCCCUCUCAUCAAGAAGACAGUGGUCAUCCUGAAGAAGGAGUUGGCUCAGAAGACUGAGGCUCUCAACAAGUCUCUGAAGAGGGAGAAUGAGCUCAAGAUGUCCCUGGCUGAUCUCCAGUCAGUGUUGUCUGAGCUGGAGGGGCGUAUCGAGGGCCAGGCGGCCAGUAUAGACUCCCUCACCACCACCCUGGAGACCAAGGACGAGAUUAUAAACGACCUCCACCAGCGUCUGGGCCAGAGAGGGGAGAGUCAGACCAAGGAGCCCCAGGAUCAGGCUGCUGAAGCCGGGGUGGCGCACUCGCUCCCUGGCCUCCCUCAGCGGGAGAGGACCAUCAUCGGUGGUGACAGCCAACAAGAGGUCCUGCCCUUGUUGGCUGAUCUGCAGGUGGAGCACCGCUCUUUGAACCGAGCCCUGAGGGCCGAGCAGCAGCUCUACUCCAGCUUGGUUCGCACAGUCAAAGAACAGGACAGUGCCCAGCGUCUUCACGCCCUCCAGAUGGAGCUGACAGCGGUGACGCUCCUUAGACAGCAGCUGGAAGAAGGGAUCCGGACCAACGAGGAGCUCAGAGAAGACCUGGAAAGGGAGAUCGCCAGAACCAAGCUCUCAAAAGAAGGGCGCGAGGGCCAGGGCCACGUUGACCCCAGGGAGCUGCAGAGUGUCAGGCAUCAGCUGGAGGACACCCAGCGCUGGAACGCCUCCCUGCAGGCCCGCCUCGGAGUCAUCAAGAACCGCGGGGGAGGGGUGGGUGCCACCAAUGACACCGCUGACACCCUGGGUAGUUUCAUGGCCGACCAGACGUCCUACAUGAGUAUCUGUGUAGGAGAGGGGGAGGGCCUGGACCAUCUGUCUGUAGAGGAGCUCCGGCAGAAGGUGAUGGAGCUGCAGGACUAUGUCAGUAGACUGCUGGCUGUGAAUGAGGACCUGCAGAGGACGCUCUCAUUGACUGAGGGCUCAGACCACAACUUAUCACAAAGCAGCUCUGGGAAAGAGCAGCAUCUAGAGCGGAGACAGGAGAAAAAGUCACCGCACAGUGACAGAGUCCACAGUGACUCUGGCCAGGACAGAGGGAGCCAGACGGACAGCGGCCUUGGACAGGUGGUAGAUGGAAGGCUGAAUGACGGCCACCAAUCUGCUAAUGUGACUGUGAGCAGUACCCUGGCCCAGAUCCAGAGAGGGAUAUGGCCUCCCUGGUCUUCCAAAGCCACCAGUGAGAGCCAGUCACAGAGCAGCCAGCAGGGAGAGGUGGAGAGGGACAGAAACUGGGAGCAGCUUUGUUCUCUUCUGUCCGACUGUGGGGCCUUAUCAGUCAACCACCUCAGGGAGGAGCUACAGAGGUUGCGGUCAGAGAAUGUGGACCUGAGGGGUCAAUUAAAGGAGGAGAAAUCCAAGGAGUCCAAGGAGAGCGCCGACACCUUGGGAGACAUCGGCGACGCACAGGGCGACCUCCGCAAGACAUUGGAGAGGCUGAGGUCAGAGGCAAAAGGUCACCACAAGAUUAUCCAGUUGCUGAAGGAGCAGCUGGAGAGGACUGAAGCGGUGGUGGACGUAGAGACCCUGUCGGAUAGUCAGCCGGACAUGAUGGUGACGAUGACCCAGGAGAUGGAGAGGCUGCGUUUGGAGCAGGGGGGAGGAGCUCAUGGUAGAGAGAAACUGCUUGAAGGAGAAGAGCGAGGGAAAGCACAGGGAGAUGGUCAUGCCACACAGGGGAACAGCCACACACAGCCUGCCAAGGGACAUUCAUAUCGCAUCGCAAGACAUGGGGCUGGUGUGAAAUCUCGCCUGCCCGUCCCCGUGAGACACAACAAAACAGACACUGCUGGCAGCAGGGAGUCGGUAAACCAGGCGUCAGACGAGUUCUCUGAACAUCUGAGAGGAGACGUACUACAUCAACUAGGCCUGGAGCACCACCAUGACCAGCAAACGUCAGACUCACACAGCUCUCCUAGAGCCGCCCAGCACUGCAGCCCAGGCUCUAACCAUAGCAGCACCACUAGGGGGACUACCAGACAGGGCCUGGAGACGGAGUUCCUCCGAGCUCAGGCCCCCACCGACGCCGAACUCCUAUCCCAGUUGGAGCUCCUCCACCAGGAGUGCCAGGACAAGGAGCAGCUGAUAGACCGUCUGGAGGAGCAGAUGGCUGAGUGGGACGAACUUCACGCCCAGCUCCGGGAGAAAGACCGGCUCAACUGUCAUUAUAUGGAAGCCCUGCAGGCCGCCGAGUCCACCAUCACUUAUCUUACAGCCUCCAACCUGGACAGAAACAGCCAGGGUGGAGUACUAGGCUCUGGUUCAGAGUACAAACUCCAGAGACAGUGCAUUGAGCUCCAGAAAGCCCUUGAGGAGAAAGAGAGACUCAACACCCAGCUGGUGGAGUGCCUCAACAUGGUCGAGGUGGCCAUUGCCUCGCUCCCCGGCACCUCGUCAUCCGCCAACGCCCUGGACGGUCAUUUGGAUCCCCAGGAGCUGUGUGCGAGGCUGGAGGCGGCCUUACGGCAGGUCAGUGCUUCUCUUGACCCUCUGGUCCUGAAAACCUCAGUUCAAGGGCCUUCAGGGUACCCCCUGAGCCUCAACGCGGAGCUGCAGCAGCAAGCGGACUCCCUGCAGGAGGCGCUGUGGGAGCAGAGCCGGCUGAACGUCGAGCUGCAGGAGAGGCUGAGGUCAGCUGAGGAGGCUGUCGCAGCACAGCAGGGCACUGCCAACACUGCUCCCGCAGGCCUGGAGGGCAAUUACGGCAGGCAGCCAGAAGAAGACCUGAAUGAGAUUCCGAGAGGGAAUGAAACAAAGGAACAGAGAGGUUGGGGAAAACAUCAUGGAAGAAGCAAGUUUGCGUCCGAUGUGAAGAGCAGCCUAGGAUCUGAGCAGGUUGCCAAGCAUCUCUCCGAGUGUCUCAGAGCAGCCGAGUCGGCCAUAGGCUCACUCACAGCUCACUGUACCAAUACGAGCACUUGCACCUCUACCACGACCAGAGCAGCUCAAACCAGCUCUGACUUACAACAGCAGCUAGACAGACUACAGAGAACUCUACAGGAGAGAGAAGCAUUGGACGACCUGGGCUCCACUGAACCCACCCACCAACAGACCAGUGAGAACCCCACACGACACACCACCCCUGGGGCUGAAACCCCCUCUCCCCUAGAGCUCCACCAUAACAUCUGCCUCCUCCAGAAGGCCUUCUACGACCUGCAGGAGGAGAGGGGACGCAGGGAGAGGGAAGCCAAGACGAUGGAGCCUGGAGCUUGGGUACCACCACAAGAUGUCCAGGCCCAGCUGGAAAGCCUUCAGAAGGCUUUGAAGGAGAGGAAGAGGGCCUGUAAGAGCCUGGAGGAGAAGCUGGCCACAGCUCAGUCCAUCAUAGCUCUGCAGAACUCCUCCAAGAAGACCAGUCAUGUAGCAACACAGAGAGCGCCCCCUCUGGAGCAGGAAGACAAGGGCGUGCAGGUGGACCUGCAAGACCUGGGUUACGAAACCAGUGGCAAGAGUGAGGCCGAGGUGGAUAGGGAGGAGAGCAGUAGCACAGAUAUGCAGCUUGUCCCUGGCAGUGCUAACAGCAGCCUACCCUGCCUGCUGAAGCAGGACCAGGAGGAGCCCUCGUUCUCCUCCACAGAGAACCUUGACACGGCCUCCAGUGCCUCCUACCCCAGCUCCCCCACUCUCAGCUCGCCCAAGGUGAGUCUGAAGAGCCUCCAGGCGUUUGACUCCUACGGUCUGUGUGAAGACCCAGCCCAGCUCCAGGCCCAGGUGAGAGAGCUGAAGACCCAGCUAGAGAGCCAACACCAGGUCAUCCUCCACCUGCAGACCAUGCUACGCCGCCGCGCCUCCCUGUCCAGCGAACUGUUGACCGCCACAUCUGACUCCCACACUGCCACGGGAGGUCACACGGGCUCCGAGAGGGGGGAGGAGGGUGGGAAGGAGGAGAGGAGCCUGGAGGGAGAGGCGGAGGUGACGAAGGAGAAGAUGAAGAGUAUGAGCAUGGAGCUGGAGAGGGAGAGGAGCGUGAACAGGAGUAUGAGCGAGCAGCUGUUGCAGGCCCAGCAGCGGAGUCGAUCUGCCUCACCUGCCAGGAUCGACUCCCUGGUGCAGUCGCAGGCGAGGGAACUGUCCCAGCUGCGUCGUCAGAUCCAGGAGAGCCGGGGCCUGGGGGCACUGCAUCGGAUGCAGCUGGAGGAGCUGUCGCAGGCCUUCGAGGAGCUGCUACAGGCCAGCGACGUGGACUACUACGUGGGAGAGGUGUUCCGAGAGCAGCUGGACAAGAGCCUGGGCGUCCUGGAGAGGCUAGAGGGCCGGCUGGAGAAAGGAGACGCUCAACUGGAUAACGAGGACGGGGCAGCACUGGAGCUGGCACAAAGGCUGUCUAAAGAGUUACAGGAGAAGACCCGUCUGGUCCAGAGUCUACAGAUUCAGCUGCGAGGCCAAACUCCUAGCAGCCACCACAGCUCAGACUCGGACCUGUCGGACAGGGUCUCUAACCAGGCCACAGCCUCCUACCACAACAGCCCCACCCUGCCAGCCUGUAUCAAACUCCAUGGCAACCAGGCCUAUCAUGGAAUGAAAGAGUCCAACGGGAGCUCAACGUCGGCUCCAGAGUCUGCAGCUCAGCAGGAUGGGGGCGUGGCUAAGGAUGGGGGUGUGUCUGGCCCUGGGGUAGUUUCUGGACAUAAAUGGAGAGCCAGGCAGCUCCAGGGCCUGCAGAGGGAGAAUGGGCGCCUGGUGGAGCAGCUGAGGAGCAGCGAGGAGCUUAACGCCACGCUGCGCUGCGAGCUGGACCUCCACCGCUCUAUCCUGGUCCAGGGGAUCUCCACACCACUACACACCCAGGGAGAGGGGCUGGGGCAGAGCCAGGGACAGGCUGGGGGGUCACCACAAAACAGGGAGGACCAGAGGGGAGAGGGACACCCAGCUUCACAGCAGGACACUGCCCAGCUAUGCAGCAUGAACCCAGACCUGUUAGCAGAACACCUGUUGGAGAUCAGAGCCCUGAGACAGCGUCUGGAGGAGACCAUCUACAACAAUGACCGGCUCAGAGAACAGCUGGAGAGAAGACUGGGUGAGGUGGAGAGAGACCCAGCCACCAACAUCUUCAUCCACGGUACGGAGGAGCAGGGCCAGCUGACCAGUGAGCUGCGGUUCCUCUGGGGACAGAACCAGGCCCUGAAGGAGCAGCUCAACCUGGGCUCCAGAGACAAGCAGAAGGAGAACGAGAAGCUGCGUGAGGCGCUGGCCAGACGGACGGCCAAGCUGGAGCAGAGCAGGAAGGAGUGUGAGGUCCUGAGACAGGAACACACACGUCUUCAGGACCGCCUGGACAGGAGCAUCCUGGAACACACACACCUCCAGGACACACUGCACUACAGCCGCCAGGAGAUCCACAGGUUGCAGUGUGAGGUGAAGCUGCAGAGACAGCAGCUGUCAGACAGUCAACACCUCCUCCAGUCUCUACGUGUGGAGCUGCAGGUCUACGAACAGAUCAAAACUGGGACACACAAGCACACAGGUAGUGUCCUACAAGCACACAGGUUGUGUCCUACAAGCGCACGCACACACACACCUGUUUCUGACAUUCCCUCUCUAGAGUCCAGUGGUACAGCCCAACAGUCUGGUUCAGGGUCUGGGUCGAACCAAGUGGACCUGGGGGAGCUGCUGUCAGAGAUCCGCCACCUGAGGCUGCAGCUGGAGAGGAGCAUCCAGACCAACACGUCCCUGAGGCAGAAACUGGAGGAACAGCUGCUCAGAGGUCCCAACCGCCCAGAUACCAUCAAUAUCAACUAUCUACUGGCUACUUCAGAGGUUACAGACAGGUCUCCUGGUUGUGAUGGCUGUGAUCCUCCCCGCCACUCCUCCUCUCACGAUCUGAAGCGUCAAGCCCAGUCGGAGAUGGACGCUGUGUCACAGUGUAGUAACAGUUCUGGGGACAGUAUCUCUGGCUCGGCUCCCCCUCCAUCCCGCUUGGUGCCCGGCCACCGCCUAUGGGCCAACCGCCAAGGGCGCCACAUCCUGGGUCUUAUCGAGGACCACAAUGCCCUGCGGAAGCAGAUCUCCGAGGGAAGGAGGCUCACCCGCACCAUGGACACACACCUGCAGGAGUGUGUCUGCACACUCAGCCAGCAGGGGACUGACAACAGGGUGGUGGAGCAGGGUCACCUGAAGGCUCUGUCCAGCAGUGUGAACACUAUGCAGCAGGUCCUGGAGGAGGCUGGCCAGCUGCUCAAACUGGUCUGGAGGGUAUCACUGCCCUCUGGCACUGUGACCGCAACCAGCAACCAGCAGGAUGAGCUGUUGAGGAAUGAGAUAGCUAGUCUGAAGAGCCGUCUGUCCCAGCAGGAGCGGAUGCUGAGCGGUGCAGUCAAACGGCUGCGGACCACCAACCAGCUCAAAGAGGGCAUGGAGAGGGUCAUUAUUGACCAGCUGUCGUUAACCCAUGGAGUGCUGAAGAAGGCCAGAGGGAAUCUAGAGACAAAUUAUUAUACCGUCUUUGGGCUGAAAGGCCUGUCUGGAGGACCAGAGGAAGGAGGUCCCGGUCAAUGGUCAGUGACCAUCGGUCCUUCAGGAUCCGCCAAGGGAGUGAGUGUCCUCAGCCCUGCCAGCAGAUACACUGAAUCCCCAGAGGAGAGGAACAGUGACUCCUCAUCCCACUGCAGCUACUAGAGCUGCCGAUCCAAUAGUCUACGGUGCCUUCCUCUCGUCACCUUUCCUUUGUCUGCACUGAUGUGUUAUACAGUUUAGCAAAAGCAUUACUGGUUUUCCCCUAAUCUGUUCAAAUUAAGGAAAAGGGACAAGGAGAGGUAGGCACUUUACAUCUCACUAUUGAGACGUGCCCCUGCUCUAAUACUGUCUGCUUGUUGAGUAACCUUACCCUGAGCUAUGCAAAUAGGACUGUACUUGCACACUUGCCUAUGUUCGGUACAAAAGUUGUAAAAGGAAAUGUAACAUUCUAUCCCUCUUGUAAAUGUAAUUUCUUAAGAUUGUAAUAUCCUUUUUAUACAAUGGAUGUCUUUCCCUGUCAAUUGUGGGUUCUUGUUUGUGUAAUGUCCUCAAAACAUUAACUAUACAUGAAGACACAAUCAAAAUGUCAUGUUCUACUAGGUAUUUUAUUAGCAAAUCUGUUUUAAUGUAGCAGUACGUGAUGCACAAAUGAAAAGUAAGAAAAUCCAAUUAACAUUUUUAAAAGGAGAAAACAUCCCUCAGUCCAAGCGUUAGAAAAGUCAAAAUGAUAUAGAAAACAGCAGAAAGUAACUAGGCAGCUCAUUACAAAUGUAUAAAUUGAUUAAAUGUGGCGUCACAAUUUGAUAUACGGGUUUGAUUUUUCGAUACCAAAAGGUCUUGUCAGAAAUGGCCUAUAAAACUAGGCCGGGGGAAAGACUGGACACUGUCAACAAGACAGAUGUUCAAUAGCACCAAGAUCUGUUACUACUGAUUCCUUUAGAGGUAAAUGUCUACAGUCUCUCAAUGGACUUUUUUAACUAGCCCUUGUAAGCAGCUGUAUCCUCUGUUUUGACAUUCCCACUGAGGUAUAGUAGGCUAUAAGCAUGACAAAUUGGAGAUAUGACCCAUGUGAAUGCGAGCAUUUUCUUAACACCCAAAGCCCGAUUGUUAGAAUCCUGCACGUCAGGAGUUUGUACAGCAGAUUCGAAAGGUGACUGGCUUGACAAAUAUCACUUCAACUGAAAAGAAUGAACCAACACUGUUGCACCGUGAAAAGUAUAAUUCAGAAGAGAAUGGUUACAGUGCCGUGUGAGGAGAAUACGAUAGCCAUGUGUGACAAGAGUUUCAGGCCCAUAACUUAACAGGAAAACCUCCUGGCCCCAGUCGUACACUCCACGUGGUCGGUCUACCUCUGUAUGUGGCGUACGAAGGCCUGCACCAGCUGGAUGAAAGGCUCCUGACCCUCGUGGCUGGCCUUAGCGCCUGGGGGCUGGGGAGAUGGCAGCAGGCUGCUGGCCGGGGACGAGGGGGCGCCACGGCGGAAGUGACGGGACAGGCUGGAGAGGAGGGUGCUCUGGAGGGGAGACAGGCAUCACAUAAUAUUAAAAAAGCUUUUUUUUAAUGAAUUGCAGGUUACUAGAAACAAGACACUGAGCUGAUGGAGAACAGAUGGGACUAGAGUGGAAUGGCAAAGAACUAGUCUGGUGGUACUUUAAUGAUGCUUUGAGUUUGAAUGAGGAGAAUGACUUACCAGUUCAGAGCCAAGCUCUUGUUUGAGUCUCUGUUUGUCUCUGGGGGCGAUACUGGGGUCCUUCAGACAGCGGACGGCCUGGGAGAUGAGCACGUAGAAACAGUUCUCCAUGGUGAACAUCAGCAGAGACCUGGAAGGACAGUCACACAUACCAGUUAGAAAUAACCAAUAUUACCACCAGUGAGAACAACUUUCUCUCUGUCUCCUUACUUAAGGGCUUGGGUUUCCUCUGACGAGGCCAGGGAGGCCACACUCAGAGAGGCUGGCUCCUUCUUCUCUACCUAAAUACGGACAGAACACAGAAAGUUAAAUGUACAGUACAAUUUAUAUUUCCUCAUUUGCAAGAAAUAAAAUAUCAACGUCA